AUGUUUCCUGGGUGUCUUGGUUACGAGCUGUACGUUUUGACACUUUUAUGUAGCGUCGGUGCUGUGCUUUACACAUCUUAUCUCCAUGUCCUUGGCGUUCUCCACGAACCCGUUUCCCAAGGCCUCAAACGCGUCUAUCCUCCUGCCCCUCCGUCUCAUACAUUUAUGGCUGGAUUUGCGGCCGGUACACUUCAAUCAGUGCUCGCUGCUCCUUUGGAUGCGCUCCAAGUUCGUCUUCAAGCAAAUGAUAUUCUCGAGGGCCAGUACCGAAGCUUGUGGCAUUAUGGGCAAUACAAGUUGAACCAAAUCGGCGCACGCGGCAUUUUCGCGGGCUGGAGUCUUUCCUUCUUGCGAGAUGCAUUUGGAUACGCGGUUUUCUUUUCUUCCUUUGAAUAUAUCAAAGCACAGGCGUACUACUCAUUUAUCACUGCAUAUUAUGGGUCUUUGGGAGCAUACCAGGUGGACAGAUUGCGAUCGCUCGACUCAAGUGACCGCGGAGUGCCACUAAUCAAACCCCACUACGCCCUUGAACCAUGCUUUUUGAUGCUGGCGGGGGUUGUGGCAUCGGUUGCCCAACAGACGAUACAACAUCCACUGAGUAUCAUUCAGAAUCUUCACUUCGGACGGCUUGAAAAUCUUGAUAAACAGGCGAAUCUUGCUCCUUCAAGACAGCAGAUGUUGCGCCUCUACUAUCAUGCAUACCAGGAAACAUUCAAGCGAUGCAAAAAGAAGGCCGUGCGCGUUGGAGGGUGGUAUCGAUGGUUGUUUCGUGGGUUUGUAAAAGAUUCCAUCCGUCAGGUGCCUAGCACUAGCGCUGCGCUAGUCAUAUUUGAAUUGGUGCGCCGUAAAUAUGCUAAUUUGGCGGAUGCUAUAUAUAUUGAAAAAGACGGAUAUGAUAUUCUUCUAACCUAG